AUGAAUUCAACCACUCUGUAGUUUUCUUUUGGAAUGGAAUACCCAUAGAAUUUUACGAACUAUAUUGAUCCCCAAAUUUACACAAUUAAAGCCUACUAAAUGUCAAAAAAGAUGGUAUUUAAUCCACAAACUAAUUAAAAAGAUAUAAUUUGGUAAAAAGAUUAUUUCAAAAUUUAGUAAUGUGCUUAAGAUAACUUCUAAAACCCAAAAACGAGAGAAAAUUUUCUAAAUAGCAGCUACCAAGACCUUUACUGCUUUGAAAAAUCUUCAUAACUGGCUAUAUAAGGUGAUUAUCUUUAAGAUAAUUAUGACUUAGUUUAUAUUGAAGUUUAUCCUUGCUAAGAAAAUUGCAAAUCUUAAUAAGAAAUAGAAAGCCUUUUAGGUUUAGGUUAUUUUGCAAUUUAUUAUUCCGAUGUUAUUGUUGAUCCUUCUAUUAAAGAUAAUCCUUUUAAAUUUUAUAAUAGAGACAUUUACUGGGCAACUAGUUUAAAUAGUCCUAAGAUAGCUAACUUAUACUAUAGAAACAACUACGUUGAAAGCGAUUUCGGAUGGAUAUUUGCUGAUUCUGAAACCUAGAGAUAUCCAUCUUUUAGUUAUUCUGAUCUUCAAAAUGUAUCUGAUUCAGAUUUCUUUAUGUAAGUGAUAAUAAGGUUUGAGAAAUAAAAAGAAAAUAUGAUAUAUAGAAAUUAUGCAAGAAUUCAAGACAUUCUAUCUGAGAUAGGAGGUUUUGCUUAAUCAUUAAUAGCAAUAGGAUUUUUUUUGAGUAAAUUCAUAUCAUAGGGAAUGCUUUAUAUAUCUAUUAUUAAUGAUGUUUUUACUUUCAAAAAAAAGAAAUAAUAGGAAGUAUAAAAUUAAGAUUAUUCUAAAAUAUAAGAAAAGUUUUAAUCUCCUUUAAUUACUAAUAAAAGUCCUUACUUGUAAGAUUUUGAUGAAAAAGUAAAAAUCAAAUCAAAUUUAAAUAUGAAAACUUCUAAAAAAAUUGAUUUAUCUCCAAAUGUUGAUUUUAAUAAGUAAAUGAGGUUGUCUAAUUUAUCUUAAUUUAAAAAUUAGCAACAAAAUAAUUUUAAUUAGAGUCUGCGAUUUCAUGAAUAAAGAAAUUCAAAAUAAGAUCCCUUCAAAAAUUAUUUGGAAAGUUAGCAGAAUUUAAAUAAACUCACUGGAAUAGACUAUCUAAAGAUAUUUUUAUGGCCUUUUAAAAAUAAAAAAUUAAAUCAAAAUAAGAGAAUUCUUUAACAGAGUCUGAAAAGGCUCUAUGGCAAAAUAGAUUUAAUCAAAAUUAUAUCCUAGCUGGAAGAAAUUGAUAAGUUAAAAAAAGUAAUUUUAAAUGAAGAAUAAUUAAAAUUGUUUGAAUUAAUCAAAUGUCCUGCAAUAUUGGAAGAAGAAUUGUAUGCUAAUGAAAACUCGAACUAAAAUGACGAAUAAAUGAAUCAGCUAAAUAAGCUCAAAGAAGGACUUAAUGCUUAUUUAAUUAUUUAACAAAAACAUGAAAUAUCUGAUAUUGAUUUAAAGAUUUUAGAAAAUAUAGACCCUGAACUAAUAAAAUUGUUUAGCUAGAGUUAAUAACCACGCUUUUAAUAAGAACAAAAAACUACCCAUAAAGUUAAUUAACUCAAUUAAUCAUAAUAAUUAUACUCCUUUUUGAACUAGAUGGAUGCAAGUAUAAACUUUUCUCCUUUUAAGAUAAAUUGUGACACUUAAAUAGAAAUAUCUAAGUAAAAAUCUGAGCAUAAGAAGUUGGAUAAGUUAAUUUCAUGCUAAUAAAAUAAUAUUAACAAUUUUAUAACAAAUAAUAACAAUAAAGUAGACUAUGAAUAUGACUAAGUAAUCUAAAUUGAUUCUAAGUAAAGUAAUUCAUAAUAAUCAAACGUUAGCUAAUCACUUAACAAUAAUACUUCUAAUAAUGAAUCUUCAAUAAUUGUUUUCUCAUAAAAAACAACUUUAAAUUAAAUUGAAUGA